AGUAAUGUGUACACUUCUAAUAUUAAGUGGCUGAAAGAGAUGGAAGAGGUCUUUUCAAAGGAUUUAAAGAAAAAAGUUUAUGAAAACAUUAGUCAUUCCGCUAAUGAAGACACUGGUCCUCAGGACAAUAGCCCUGCUACCUCCUCACACUCAAACAACAACCAGGAAGUACCAGCUAUUACAUCUGAUCACCAGCAAGUACCAGUUACUGUAACUACGACUACUACCUCGGCGACUAUUACCAAUACCAUAAAUACUGCGAGAGGUAAAAAGAGGGCUAGAGAUAUUUUUCAAGCCGUUUCUGAUUUAAAAAAGUUAAAUGAAGAUGUAAAUUCUGAGAAAGAAACUGUAUUUGAUGUUUUUGGAAGGAGUGUUGCAUUGCAACUUAAGAAUUUAUCGACAGAUAAUGCUUUACUAGCACAAAACAGAAUACAGAAUAUACUGACCGAUUAUGGGAUUAAAGAACUUAGACAAAGUACUGCAUACCAUUCUUCUUCGUCUAAUCGCAGCGACCAAAGGCCGUCUUCUGUACAUUCAGACACCACUUAUGCUAGUUCUCAAAAUACAUAUCAUCAUCAAUUUCCUGAAAAUUAUGAUGAGGAUUAUGCAUCGCAAAUAUCGCAAUCAAUCUUAGCUGCAUCUUCUCCAGUACAUAAUGUCAACAGUCCGCCAAAUUCUGUGAGUACCAAUGACAUUUUAGCUAAUGCGAUGUAUGCAGCUUUUCAGACAGACGGAAGACAACAAAUGUAA